ACGCUUUCACAGAAAAAUCUGGCAUUCCUCUCUCUCUCUCUCUCUCUCUCUCUCUCUCUCUCUCUCUCUCCUCUCUGAGACUACAACAACAACUACAAUAACCAGAGGCCCCUAUUUCCCACUCACAUAUUCUCAGAAUCUUCUCACCAGAGUCACCCACAAAUCUAUAUUUUUCUUCCCUCUCUGUUUCUUACUACUUUCCGAUUCCCUCAGAAACACAGUAACACCGCCAUUAACAAUUUCAUCAGCACCAUCAUGUGCCUGAUAGACGCAGAACAGCUCGGUCAAGAAAUGGGGAACAUGGAGAAUAAUAACGACAUCGAUUCCAACGACAAUAACAACAAGCAGUGGUCUCUGCAAUUAGACCACCGGACGGAGGAGGAGAAUUUGGACCGGGAAACUCCUACUGUGAUGAGCUCAAGUCCUCAGAAGAACAUGAUAAAUUCGUUUCAACUUGAAAGCAUAGGCGAGGAUACAGUGAUUGCAGACAAAAAGCAGAGCCUGUUGAACUUUGUUCCUGCCCUUCGGUCAGGAGAGUGGUCUGAUAUUGGUGGUCGAACCCAUAUGGAGGAUACUCAUAUAUGCAUUGGUGACUUAGCUAAGCAGUUUGGUUAUAAUCUACUCGGUGGGGAAGCUAUCUCCUUCUAUGGUGUAUUUGAUGGCCAUGGAGGAAAGGAUGCAGCACACUUUGUUCGUGACAAUUUACCAAGAGUCAUUGUUGAGGAUGCUGACUUUCCUUUAGAACUUGAAAAGGUGAUUACAAGGUCAUUUAUGGAGACAGAUGCUGCAUUUGCAAAGACGUGUUCUCUUGAGGCUCUUGUUUCUGGCACAACUGCACUCACUGCAAUGAUAUUUGGGAGAUCUUUGCUUGUGGCAAAUGCCGGAGAUUGCCGGGCUGUAUUAUCGCGAUGUGGAGUGGCUAUAGAAAUGUCAAGGGAUCAUAGGCCAUGUUGUACAAAAGAAAGAACGCGGAUUGAGUCCUUGGGUGGAUAUAUUGAUGAUGGUUUUCUAAAUGGUGAGUUAGGUGUGACCCGUGCAUUAGGUAAUUGGCAUCUUGAAGGAAUGAAGGACGUGGGUGAAAGGGGCGGACCCUUGAGCGCUGAGCCAGAACUUAAACUGAUGACACUGAGCAAAGAUGAUGAGUUUUUGAUCAUUGGCAGUGAUGGGAUAUGGGAUGUGUUCACCAGCCGAAAUGCUGUUGAUUUCGCUCGAAGGAGACUGCAAGAGCACAAUGAUGUGAAGUUGUGCUGCAAGCAAAUAGUAGAGGAGGCAAUAAAGCGGGGAGCAACGGACAAUUUGACGCUUGUCAUGGUAAGUUUCCACUUGGAGCCACCUCCACAUGUGGUGGUAGAGAGACCUCGAGUCAGACGAAGCAUUUCUGCCGAGGGACUUCAGAAUCUCAAAUUCUUCUUGGACAGAUAGAAUCACUCGUUUAUUUGUCGAUAAUUCCUUGAUGGGCAACCGGUCAGCAAUAAUACAGCCAAUGGACCUGAGUUCGCCUUAUGUAUAUACAUUCAUCCAAAAUCCGGUGCUGGAAUCUGUUCCAGAGAACAAGGAUGCAGAAGAUGUUUGUAUUAUCGAGUUUUGGAAUAAAUACUUGUACCCUAUUGGCGAACGAUAGAGUUAGAAAGCUUAUUCGAUGAAAGAACGCAUUGUAUAUCCGAGGUAUUCAGGCUGGUCGGAUUUACGGAGAGAUUGUUCUGUUAUUGUACCUUAGUUUUUCAAGUCGUAUGCAUAAAUUUUAUCUGUUAGAACUCAAAAUUUGUAAUUGUUAAGGUUACUGUUAUUCGAACAAGAGUACAUAAUUGUAUAC